GUUGUGGCAUGGAGUAGUGUGUUGAGGUUGUUGAAUUUUCGGUUUUGUUAUUGAUAUUUUGACAUGUAAACGAACCAAGUAUAGAAGUGUUUUUGUUUUGUUUAGUGUUAAUAAUUGUUUUGUUUUCAAAGUUGAAUAUUGUGUUUGUUAGUAAACUCUAACGAAGGUACUUAAUUCGAGAAUAGAAGUACCUAGCAAAAGGAAACAAAAGGCUUUAAAGUGACGUUAUUUUGUGUGCCUCGACAAAAGCGAUCAUCUCAGAGCGAAAGCCGUGAUGGGAUGAUCGGCCUGCAAGAGUGUGGGCCCGCGCCGCCUAGAGCGCCGCUCUCGACCACAGCGCCCUCAGCCGGAAACAGUAACCGCAUCCGGGAAAGAACCGCCAUAGCCGUCGACUAUUACAACACCCAUGUCCAUCGAGCUUGGACCAACGCAGGACUAUCCACCAACAAUAGGUCUUCUUUCAACGACCGACACCACCACCAUCCAGCCCCAAGGAGACCACAACUCUACGCUCCGGAUCAUCUCUGCCGCAGCAAUUCCAGUCUAGAACUCCUCGAGCACAACGGCCGACCGUCGAAUUCCAAUUCUCCUCUAUUGAAGAGGGAAUAUGGAAGCCACGGAUCGAUAGAUGUCAUCGAUAGGCCGCAAGGGAUAAUAACUGUCAAUAAUGAGUUUUUCAAGAUGCUGCAGGACUACAGACCUGCAGGUCUAGUAAGUACCGACCAGCGAUCCCCUGGACCUUCGGAGUACCUCAGAGGAAAAGUUGACGGCAAUGCUGACGACCAAUCAGCGCAAAGUCCCAAACAUAAAAACAAAGUGAAAAAACACUUUUGGGCCAACGGUAGUGCCCCAUCCACCAAUUCGAAGAUCUCAAAACAGACUAUGGAUGACAGUGUAGUGUGUAGUAGUACUUCGGUGUGUAUAUCCGCCGAGAGUGAAGAAAUCGCGAGGAGACGUGCGUUUGCGCAUCACGAUUGUCAAUCGUUGACGACGAAUUUGAACUACGCCGUUAGGCUGAGGAAGAAUCUGUUGGCGAAGAGACGAAAUACAGCUACAGGUGCUUCGGCUGCUUCUGUGAUGGUUCGGUCUUCUACACCUGACGGAGAAAACGAGGACGACACUGGAGAUGGACAGAGCAACGAUUUAGUAGAGAACUGCCCAUUCUUUAGGAAUGAAAUAGGAGGUGAAGAAGAGAGGAUAGUAAGUUUGUCCAGGCUACAAAAUGGACACAACAGAAAACCUCUUCACAGACCUCCCCUAGCUUAUGGAGUGGCCGUUUUGGAAUUUUCUUCUGGAGAGACACAUUGGAGGCAUUCGACUUGUCCCUACCAGCGGUUUCCUAGGCCGAUAGAAAAUGUCGACCAAGGAGCUCUCUAUUACAGAAAAUUUUUUGUUGGAAAAGAGCACCAGAACUGGUUUGGAAUGGAUGAGCAGCUUGGUCCUGUGGUUAUCUCCAUAAAACGAGAAAAAGUUGUACAUCCGGAGAAUCAAUUAACGACUACACUUAUGCAAUAUCAAUAUAGGUUAGUUGUCCGAACAUCUGAACUCCAAACUCUCCGAGGCGCCGUAUUGGAAGACGCAAUUCCAAACAUCAAACCCUCCAGCAAUCCCAAAACACUUAAUACCAAAGAAGUUCUCGAAUACGUAGUCCCCGAAAUCCAGUUAACCGCUUUAAAGCUCGGAAUCCACAACCAGCACGUCACUGAACAAAUUUUAAAAUUGGAUGAACAGGGUCUUACCAAUCACUAUAAGGUUGGUAUAAUGUACUGCAAGGCUGACCAAAAUACUGAAGAGGAAAUGUACAAUAACGAAGAGGCAGGCCCAGCAUUUUUAGAAUUUUUAGAAACCAUUGGAAAAACAGUAAGAUUGAACGGAUUUGAUAAAUACAAAGCAGGAUUGGACAAUAAAACCGAUUCUACCGGUCUAUAUUCCGUAUAUGCACAAUACCAAGAAUGCGAGAUUAUGUUCCACGUAUCAACCAUGCUCCCAUUCACCCCCAACAACCGUCAACAGCUACUCAGGAAACGACACAUUGGCAAUGAUAUUGUAACCAUUGUCUUUCAAGAACCCGGUGCAUUACCUUUCACUCCGAAAGGUAUUCGAUCUCAGUUUCAACAUGUUUUUAUAGUCGUACAUGCUAUAAACCCAUGUACGGAGAACACUCAUUAUAAGGUAGCUGUAAGUCGAUCUAAGGACGUUGAAGUCUUCGGACCUCCCAUCAAGGAAGGCGCCAUCUUUCCGAAGGGCAAAGUGUUCGCUGAAUUUCUGCUCGCCAAAGUGGUGAACGCGGAGAAUGCCGCGCAUCGAUCCGAAAAAUUCGUCACGAUGGCGACGAGAACGCGGCAGGAAUACCUAAAAGAUCUUGUACAGAAUUAUUCAACGUCUACAAUUGUCGACACUGGACAAAAAUUUUGUGAGUGUAAUGAUUUGUUCGUAGCAAUAUUUAGUAGCAAAAAGAAGGAAAAAUUCCGUCCCCGGUUCAUACCGGACCUAUGCCAAAGAGGUGCCAUUUUAUGGCAAGUAUUAUUAGACGAUAGUGGACAAGGACAACAAAUAGAAUGUUUCCUCGGUAUUUCUUCGGAUACGUUUAUACUUAUCGAAGAAAUAUCUAGACAGAUAGUUUUUGUAACGCCUUGUAAAUCGAUCCUGGGAUGGUCACCUCAGACGAACAGUUUGAGGUUGUACCAUCACCAAGGGGAGUGCAUGACGAUUCACAUGAGGGAUUCUCAUGGAGACAGGGACGAACUUAUGGAAAUCAUGGAGAGGUUGAAGGCUGUUACUUUUGGACACCUAGCGCAAGAGUUAACGAUUAGAAAGCCGAACAGUGAUGGUCGGAACAUCAUGGGCCAACUGGGAUUCCACGUCCAACCUGACGGAAUCGUGACUCUUGUAGAAAGUGCAGGUCAAGCCUGGCAGGCGGGUCUUCGACAAAAUUCCCGUCUAGUAGAAAUCUGUAAAGUAGCCGUGGCCACCCUCACCUACGACCAAAUGGUGGACUUGCUGAAGACGUCCAUAACCGUUACUCUAACUGUGAUACCACCUCUUCCUGACGGAAACUCACGUAAGGGAUGUACCCUUCAAAACUGCAAGUACAAUGAAGCUCAUUACGAAGGUGAUUACGACAAUACUACGAACGAAGAAAACAAAAGUAAGAAAGCGCCCCAAAUCCAGCAAGCGGUAUCUGGAAACCAUAGACGAAUCUACGAGAGGAGUUUUUCGCCUCCUAGAAGUAGUAAUAGUUCUGGAUAUGGGACUGGUAGUAGCAGUAAGUCUUUUCAUGGCCCGGAAGCAAGGUUUCAAAAUAACAUAGAGGGUACUUUAACAAGUUCUUCCAGUGGCCAUUCUGACGACAAAUGGUACGACUUUCUACACGAAUUCGAGGCACCCCCUGUACCCCUGAAAGUGAGCCAGCAUGUGUCUCGCAUUCACCAUGCCAACAACACUUUUCCUAGUACCCCAAAACGAAACAACUCUCAUCAAAACUCAUAUUUGCAAGUACCCCAAAAUAAUCAAUUUUCUAUUCAGCACAAUAAGGUCCAUAUAAGCAAUUCCGUUCCUUUGCAACACAUCAAUAUGUCACAACCGCUGACAGCUUCAAUACAUAGUAGUACCAAUGAUAUGGACGUAUAUAAGAGCGAGAAGAAUAAUCUUAUUAAACAGCAUAAUGAACGGUUGCGACAAGAAAGUGAUUACAUGAGCACUAGAGGUUCUAGUAGAUCUGACUAUGCUACAGUGCAAAGUCUGAACAAUGAUUUUAAUAGGGUAGCUCUAAAUGAGAGCCAUUCUACAGACAGUUCUAUUAGCGAAAGAAUUAAUUUAAUAGGUAGCGAAGAAGAGUUGUCCGUUGGUACAGGAAAUGCGUCUCCUAGAACUAGGAGAGCUAUGAAACACUCGAAUAUAACACAGAAUUAUAGUAAUCGAAACCAAAGUCCUAGAUCUAUGAAUGGAGAGGCGAAACUAAGACCGGGUGUUACUUCUCGUAGUUCAAAUCGCAAUAGUGCCAAUUUAUCCACAAACUUCCAAGAAGAGCUUCUACGUCUAAUCAACCCUGAUAACAUAGAAGCUACUUCUGACCAAAAAGUAGCGAAAGAGUCUAAAAAUCACUCCAGGGAAAAUCUUAAUACUACAUUAAGUGUACAUAAGACCCAACCAGAAGUGAUAUUGACAAUGGCUCGACCUGCUACUGUUAUUUCUAAUGCUAGUACUACCUCCAGUCCUCUACCCAUAGAGUUCAAACGAACUCAGGACGAAUAUAAGAGGACUCAAGAUGAUCUUGGUGCUUCUCACGUGCCUUUGAGUAAACUGAAGACGACUGUGAGUUUCCCAGAUGAUUUUCCACUGCCGGAAGAUGGAGACUGGCCAAGUUUGGUUGACACAGCCACAAGCUUUAUAAAUCAAGUUGGAUCCAACCAUGAAGGUGGUAAAGAUAUGGAAGGAACACGAUGCUGGAGUGAUGAUGGCGUCAUAGAUGCUUCUAUAGCUUCUACGGUCAGUUCGAGUACGAGUGUUCCUGAACUGCAAAGUCACGUUGCCGAACUGGAGUCCAAAGUUAGUAUUGAAACUAGACGUCGAAUGUCUUUGGAAAACGAAGUCCGCAGGCUCAAGGAAGAAAAUCGGAAAUUGCAAGAUCAAGCUCAUGCAGCUGUCCAGCAACUCAGGAAAUUCACCGAAUGGUUCUUCAAAAACGUGAAGAGGCAGUAAUUUCAUUGCCAUCGUUUUUAUGUUAUGCUAUUUUGAAACUUACUUUUCACUUACAACUUUUCGAGUAUUGUUGACUAAAAGAAGAUUCAGCUAUAUGAUUUCAAUUUUUUUGUUUUCUUUUGUCUUUAAAGGUGCCAAAUGGUUAACGUCCGAGCAGUGCCCGCAAUAAGUUAACUAUUAUAGUUACAGGCUACGUGUGGCUAACUUAUAACUAAAUUAUUCUAGUAACUCGAUGUUUUCAUGAGUGUUUCAGAUUUUUUGUAAAUUUAUGUAGUAAUAAUUUUUAGACAUCUUGAAUAAGGAGGUAGUUUAAGAAAUGAAAAACAGCUAAAUUUAAUAAAAAAAAUUUUUAAACACUAUAAAUAAUUUUAAUUAAUUGGGACAAAUGCAAAGAAAAUCACUAGCUUAGCUCACGUGGAAUCAUGAAGUCAUGUUCUUGACUUCAUCAAAUGUUUCUUGAGAAUAAUAUUCUGCAUAAUAUGGCAUAUUAUGACAUAAGUUUUCAAUGGGAUCUAGAUCUGGUGAAUUACCAUGUCAAAAUUUCAAAACGACUCAGCAAUAUUUUUUUAUAAAAUGUAAAUCCAGAAUAUGCGCUAUAUUCAAUACAGAUAAAAUAAUAAUUGAGUUCUAACAGAAGAGAACUCAUUUUAAGUAUUAUCUUAUAAAAAAUUUGUUUUUGGAAAGUUUUAAGUGAAAAGUGGUUUUUUAACGUAUUUAUUAAAUAAAACAAUCACAAAGUGUUUUGAUGUAUAUAUGUAUAAUUUUUAUUAACCGUUUAUAUACGAAUUUUUAAAUCUCUUCAUGUAUGAUAUAGUGUAUGUUAUAGUACAAAAUUGUUUUAUUUAUUCUAAAUGAUUGAUAAUCUGUUAUAAUGACGUAAUGUUUAUAAAAAUACGUUGCUUACAUUGUUCAGUAUAGGACUCUCCUUAAAUAACGUAAUUUUCACUAGUUACCACAGUGUUCAGAUGUUGGUGUAUCUGAAUAAUAUAAGUAGUUAAUUAAUUUGAAGUAUACAGUAGUUAAGCUAUUCAAAUUAUUAGUAGUGGCACUUUUCCGAAGAGAGUUAGUAUUUUUUUUUAUUUUAUAAAGAAUAAGGUAUCAACAUCAUCAUUGGCUUUACAACCCAUCGUGAGUCUUGACCUUUCUCAAAAUCAGCUUCCAUUCCUUUCUAUCCUUCGCAUUGGUUUUCCAAUUUCGUCCUCUUUACACUCGUAAGUCGUCUUUAACCUUGUCCGUAAAUCGUGCUCUGGGCCUUCCUUUUCUCCUCAUUCUAUCCGGUCUUUGGUUAUAAAUGUGUUUCGACGGCUCCAUCUCAUUCACUCUCUCUAAGUGGCCUAGCCACCGUAGUCUGUUUAUUUUGAUAAACGAAAUUUUUAUUUUGAUUGACGAAAAGGCGGCGAGACUUUGGGCUUGGUUCGGAUGCCGCACUUACCGACUGCCCGCGAUGUUUUCCUGAUGCUUGCACGGAGGUGUACACUUUUGAGCCCGGUCACCAAAACGGUAGUGAUACCAACAUAAUAUGUCACUAUUACGUUCCCUGCUGUAGCUCUGUCUCUAGGAUACGGUCGUGCCUCUUGAGUUGCUGCGGUUACGACGGUAUGUGUUAGCUUGUGCUUGAGCAUUUGAUAAGCUAGCUAGCUGAAUUUUCAUUUCAGCUAAUUCGGCUGUUAAUUUCCCGAUGGCAACUGCAAUCAGAUUAACUUAUGAAGCACUGUUAUUGGCACUGUCCGUCAUUUUCACUAUUCACUGUUUUAACCGGCAAAAGUAUAUUAUUAUCACUAUUUUUAAAAGUUCGCGUCGUUUUAUUUAUUCGCGGGGUCACCAGUGUUCCGUUGGUGGUUUACGGAAACCAUUAAAUGAAAUUAAAAUAAGUGUAAAACAACGAACAGUAAUAUAUUUAUUUAUUUUGAGUAAACAAGCGUGCUUCGUUUAUAUCUUGUAAGGGUUUGUUAUUUUAGCGAGGGUGUGACUACACCGCGUGCCCGCUGUGACGAUACUGGCCGAGACCACAAACGCUAUUACGUCAUCAUGUAUGCGGUUCUACCAUGUGGCCAGAAAAGGCGAUAAAUUACCAAAUCUGGCGUUUUAAAAGUUGAGAACCUUUCUGUAGUUUUUAAGAAGUUGGCAUAAAGACCGUGGCCAAUGUGGCAUCGUAAUCUAUUACUGAAUUUGUGUUUCCCUGAAAAAACCAUUAAUUUUAUUCAAUCUGGUUUUGUAUUUUAGGAACGAAAACCCAUGUGAAUUUAACAUGAGACGUAUUCUUCCGUUUUGAGAAAAGUUAAUAUUUAAAAUUAGCAAUUAAAAAAAUAAUAAAUGAAGCGUGUCGCUUCAUUUAUUAUUUUAUUUAUUUAGUAUACCUACCAACACUAGGCUCACUAUAGAGGCGGUAAAGCUCAAAAUUAUAGCGUGUACGCUAUAAUCCGUUUUUCUGCAAACCUUUAUAAAUAUGGUUGAGGAUUUUACUUUCAAAAUAGCCUAACCUUUCUUUAUCACUUUUUGUUAUAGUUCACGUUUCUUACGCGUAGGCAAGGACUGGCUUGAUUAGAGUUGUGUAUAUCAAUAUUUUUGUUCUUUUUGUGACUGUUUGAUGUUAAACAUUUUUUUCCAUAGUACGCUCUAUUUGCUAGGUACCUAUAUAUCUCUGUUAAUUUCUGCAGUUACUGUAUAACUUUGGAUGAUUUGUGAGCCUAGAUAUAUGAACUCUCUUACUCUUUCGAAAGUAUAUGUUCCAACCGUUAGAUCUUCGGGUUUUGCUAUUUGAGUAUUAUUUGCGACCUUCAUAUAUUUACUUUUAUUAGUAUUAACGUGUAGACCCAUUAUUUUUGCUGCUGCUUCCAAUGCCGUGAACGAUUGAACCAGGUCCGCCUUUCUUCUUGCUAUGAUAUCAAUGUCGUCUGCAUAUGCUAGUAUUUGUCUUUUUCUUCUUCAAGUGCCGUCUCCUAAUCGGAGGUUGGAUAUCAUCAUCACUAUCCUUACUCUAUCCACCGCUGCUCUAAAGAGUUCUAUAGAACUGCAUUUAAACCAGUCCCUUAAAUUCUUCAACCGUGACACUCUCCUUCUUCCUAUACUCCUUCCGCCUUUUAUCUUUCCCUGUAUUAUCAGUCUUAGCAUUUCAUAUCGCGGUCCCCUCAUUAAAUGUCCCAGAUAUUGUAACUUUCUUUUUUUAUUGUGUUUAUUAUUUCGCAUUCUUUACCUAUUUCUCGCAAUACUUCCGUGUUCGUUUUCUUCUGUGUUCAUGCUAUUCUAAGCAUCCUUCUGUAACACCACAUUUCAAAUGACUGUAACUUAUUUAUGUGUUCCUCUUCUAGUAUUUGUACAGUCCUAUAAAUAAUGGUCCCCCUUAUUGCUAUUGCAGAUUAUCUUUCUAGGACAAUGUUGAAUAGAGGAAACGAUAGGCUAUCUUCCUAUCGAAGUCCUGUUUGUCUCUGGAAAAUUCUUGCUAGUCCGUUCUGCACUCGAACCUUACACUUGACUGUCGAGAGAGUUGCUUUCACCAAUUUCACUAAUUGUAUCGGAUAUUAAAUUCUACCAUGGCUGUGUAUAGUGCGUUUCUAUCUACACUGUCAUAGACACAUCUAAAAUCCACAAACAAAUGGUGAGUAUCAAUUCUGUUUGCUUACUAUCAGGUAUUGAACGAAACAAGUAAUAAAAUAAAACACAAGCAAUAAACACUAAUUACAACACCUGCUAAUGCCUUCUGAUAGCGAAUAAAUAUGGUGAGAAAGUGGAAUUUCUCCAUAAGCGCAAUACAAUAAUACACAAAUUCAAAUUGGUUUGUUGCUAAAUAAUUCAAAAAUGAAACAAUGGAAAUAAAGGAUAAAUAAUAUAGGUAAUUAAAACCACUUACCGAUAACUUGUUCAAUUCGAAACAUUAGGGAACGAACGAGCGAUGUCGAUGUGUGCACACACUUUUCUGGUCUCGAUGCAUCUCACUCCUUAUCGCAGGGGGAAAGAAUUUCUGGCUUCAAGUGGUAAUGCCCCGAACCCCGAACGUCGCUACCGCGAUAUGUGGUGUUUUCGAUACGGUCAUAGAAAGGAACACGGGUGUCGACAUGGGUAAAAGGGAUAUGAUUUCGAACUAUUCAAACCAAAUUAAUUUAUGGAAUUUCAAACAAAUUCCAUAAUCCACAUUCCGAAGAAUAAGGUAUAGUCACUGGAAUAAUGGUUUAUUAGAUAUAAACUCAAUAAUUUUAUACUGUUGAUAGUUUUGUCUAGAUUGCCGGCCCCAUUCAAACGACAUCGUCAUAUUGUGGACAGGCUGUCAAUAAUCUAGAAGAAUGAAUAUGAGUCCAAGCCAGUACAAUUUAUUAUUUUUUCAACCAGGAAUGGUUACGUCUUCACAGUCCCCUUUUGCCAUCUAUUUUUCUAUAAAUGUACAAUUCAAAAGUUUUGAUGCCUUUUUUUACAGAAGAGUCCAGUUCUCACAGCCAGCCGUAAAGAAAGCAUUGGGAAUACAUAACAGCGUAGCAUUCGGAUUUGAAGUCUCAUGUCUAAAUUCCGCGUGAUGAGGAAGUUCUCCAAUCCGAUAAACGUCUUUCUAGGCUAGUUGAGUUCUUGGUAAGACUUCUUUCGGCGAAUCUCAACCACUCUUUAUUAGGUAUUUACCAGGUAUCUGAUGUAUAACAACUUGAUAUCUGAUGGAUGUUCAACGAUUCUGCUAUAUAUUCUUCUAUAGAGGACAGCUUGUGUUUGUAAUUUGGAGAAAAACAUAAGUUGCGUUUUGGUGUUCAUAUUAUAUAGGCCAUAACGCUCGCUACAUUCUAUAAGUUCCUGUAGUUCCGGCAGACUGCUGGCAAGAACAACUAUAUCAUCCGCAUAUCAUAUUAUUAAUUGUGUGGCUACACGCUUUAAUUACUAUUUUUGCUAAUUUUAUUUUUUAAUAACUUUUCUCAAAACGGUCAUAUAAAAUUCACAUUUAAUAUACAAACCAGAUGCUAAGAAGUUUUACGAAACGAAAUGUAUCCCUAACCAUAUGUUUUUGGUGUGAUCAGUUUAACAAACUGAAUUCCCCAUAAAUCAAUUACCUUAUCAGACCUUAUGUCAACGCACUUUGGAAAUACAUUCGAUACGUUUCUUAAAACUACAGAAAGGUUCUGAGCUUUUAAAAUGCCAGAUGUAGUAAUUUAUUGCCUUUUCUAACCAUAUUGUAAAACCGCAAACAUGAUGACCGUGUUGUGGUCUCUGCAGUAUCGUCACAGCAGGCAGGCAGUUCAGACGCACCCUCGCUGCUCCAAAACAAUAAGCAACCCUCUUACAAGACGAAUAAGCACGCAUUUUAACCAAAAAUAAAAUAAAUAUUAUUGUUCAUUGUUUACACUUAUUUUUAAUUGAUUCCAUUAACACCCACCAUCGGAACAAUUGUUUUGCCGUUGAUUAUGAUUUCUGCGCUUACUUACUUAGUCCUAAGCCUUUCUACCUUUAGGUGUAAGGCUGGUGGAGUUGAGUUUGACAUUGUAGUUUCCAUGCUUUCAGAUCUUGUGUUAGGUUUCCUGCACUUUCCAAUGUCGAUCCUUCCUUCUCGACUUCUUUCCUGAUUUCAUCUACCCACACAACUCUUGGUCUUCCCCUUUUGUUUUUCCUCUGCACUAUCGUUUCGAACACUCGUUUUGUUAGUCUCUCGUUCGACAUUCUACACACGUGCCCGAACCAUCUAAGUUGUCCCUCUACUAUUUUUUCAUUGAUUGGUUCUAGUUUUAGAUUUUGUUUAAUUGUUUCGUUUCGUAUUUUGUCUGUCCUCUUUCCGUUUCUGCGCUAUUACUUUUAAAAGUAUCUGCGAUUAUAUUUUUCGAGUACAGAUUAAAGAGAAGUGGCCACAAUAUAUAUCCCUGUCGUACACGUUUUCUUAUGGCUAUCUUUUCCGAUACAUAUAUUGUUGCGCUUCAGUCUUAAUUAAGCUAUCUGAUGCCAAUACAGUUAUGUGGUAAUUCGUAAGUCACAAUCAUUAAUACCUCACGAGUUCACACUUCGAUCGUCUAUUUUUUUCUUAAUCCUUUAUUUCGUAAUACUUUUAAUGUUGGUUAUGCCCUUUAAUUUAUUAAAGGGCAUAACCAAUUAAAAUUUAUUAUUAUUACGCAACUCAUAAAUAUUGGCAAUAUAAUUUUAAAGUCUUCUACUUUAAAAUGUAUCAUACGUAUCUGAAUUGCCGAUAUAAAUGAGUCAAAUUAAAUAAAUUAUUAGAAGAAUUUUUUUUUACCAAACAACAACAUUUUUGUUUAUGUUAGUAGUAUUUUGUAUUUUGACAACGGCACCCGAUUUGGGCGUCGAAACGUUAAUAAAAAUCAUUUUUUAAUAAUAUUGUGGCUUAUUUCCCAUUAUAAAUAGUUAAAACUUUAAUUUAUUAUUGUAUUUUAUCAAUUUUCUAUUGUUUAAGAUAGUAGAAUUGGGUUCAAUAUUGUUCAAAAGAUUCAUUUCCUUAAUAAUUACUAUCAGCUAUGUCGUAUAUAAUUUUAAGAGUUUUUGUUUUAGAUGUAAAAAGUAUCAAAUUGUUUUUUCCUGAGGAUUCAUUUUUUGUUUUACUUUUUUACUUUAUUUCUUACAUCUUACGUUUUAUAUGUUCAAGUGGUUUUGAAGUAGGUAACUGAGAGCGCGGGGAUAUCCUCGACUAUUGACAUUUUUAGUGUUCUUUGAUGGGUGCUUUUAAUAUACCGAGCUUUUAUGUUUAUUUAAACAAUGUUUUAAAAACUAUAUUUUACGUUGACUAAAGUAUAAGAUCAUAUCGUAUUUUUUUAAAAAACAUCGGAAAAGUGACCACAAUGACUUCAGGAUACUUUGUUUUUUCUUUUUUUAAUUAUUAAACGGAACUUAAAGAGUUUAUUUUUAUUUUUCCUUCUUUUUGAAUAUAUGUUUAUUUUUCUGUUUGGCCCUUCGUACGGUUACAAAUUUUGAGUAUUUAUUUAUUUUUUCUCAAAAACAAAGUAUCGUGAUCAUGGCUCGUAAAAUACCGACAAGAGAUCUAACAGAUCAUGCUAUAGAUUAUUCAUAAAUGUAGCAACUACAUUUUUUAUAACUUGUUUUAUCGGUGUACGAACAAAUAAUCCCGGAUAAAAAAUCCCCCCAAAUUAUUCCUGGACAAGAAAUCCCCAGACAAAAACUUCCCAUAAAUAAUCUCCGGACAACAAAUUCCGGUCCCCACAAAUAUAAUAAUCGCCACAAUUUUUUUUUUAACAAAAUAUUCCCACAAAUUCGGGGCAAAAAUUCCCAAGAAAUAUACCGAAUAGUUUUCAAAAGUUUUCCCGUGGACGCAAUUGAAAUAUUUUUCAGCCUCAUUGCAUGAGAGUAUAGCAAUCGCCAUGAAACCGCUUGCCGGCACGAAAAUAAUGAUUAGCAAUAAGUAAGCAUAAAUUGUAAUUUCGAUUACCAGCGCUGAAAAAUCUCUUUGAAUUUACUAAAGCUAGAUUUUUCACAGUUGAUUACUGUGAUGGUGUAGAGAAACAUACUGCGGUCGGUCAAGCGAAACGUAGAACAGGGGUUACUGAGAGGGUGUCAAAGUUGCUUUCCUACGAAGGUAAUUAAAUCAAUUUACUAUGGCUGAAAAUCAGUACACACAUUCUAAAUUAAAUAAAAAUAAAAGUUAUUAUAGUCGGUCAGCUGUAUGACGGGACGGAGCCGGUCGGUCGGCCCCAGUGAAUGUACAGGGUUAUUCACUAUAUUUUGACCCCCUUGUAAACUGCUUUAUUUACAGAAUUUGAAAAAAAAUGUAAAAAUUGGGACCGACCGACCGGCUCUCUCCCGUCAUACAGCUGACCGACUAUAAUGACUUUUAUUUAUUUUCAAUUUAGAAUGUGUGUACUGAUCUUCAGCUUUAGUAAAUGGAUUUAAUUAUACCUUCGUAGGAAAGCAACUUUGAUACCCUCUCAGUAACCCCUGUUGAAGCCUCAGCCUGAAGCGUUUCGCUUGACCGACCGCAGUAUGUUUCUCUAUACAAUCACAGUAAUGAGCUGUGAAAAAUUUAGCUUUAGUAAAUUCAAAGAGAUUUUUCAGCGCUGCCUCUCCGUCUAUUAGAUUUUGGUUUGGAUUCAGCACACAACACAGGCUGCUCUGAUGAUACCAAGAGGUUGAAACAUAUGUAAACAGAUGGUAGUGGUCUCUGAAACAAGUUAAAUCUUAGGUAAAUAAAACUGUCUUUAUUUACCUUCGAUUUUACUCACGAAUUGAGUACUAGGAUUCAAAAUUAGUUAAUCUUUACCUAGAUAAUAUUUACCUAGAUAAAUAAUAAUUUAUCUAGGUAAAGAUUAACUAAUUUUGUAUCCUAUGAAUUAUAUGAGGGGUAUAGUUGCAGCUUAGUUGAUCUUUUCAGAGCAGCCGCCAAUAAGGUACGGAUAGCUGUGAUGAUAGCCAACCUCCGAUAGGAGAAGGAACUACAAGAAGAAGAAGAUAAUGCAUAUUUUAGAUCCCCUAUGUCUAUGCAUUUAUCGCCCCUUUUCCUUGCAAAUUAUAGAAGGAUAGGGUAUAGGUGAAAGUGAGAAUUUGCUUCUGACCUAAUGUUAUUUACGAUAUCAUUUUUAAUAUUAUUUAAUACUAGCUGACCCGGUGAACUUCGUUGCACCUUAGAUAGUGUGUCAUAAUUAGAUAAUCUGUCAUAAUUUUGAUUAUAGAUCAGUUGCUUGAACGUAAUGGCUAAAAAUCAAUUACUCAAAAUCAACUGCUCGAAAAUGAAUUUCUAGACAUGAAAAUUGAUCGAAAUGCAAUUUCCUCGAAUAAAAAAGAAAAUUAUAUGUCCAAAUAUUUUAUGCAAAAUUUGUAAGUAUGGUCGAAUGAAAUCCGAUAGUUUUAAGGCAUUCCAGAAGCCGCUACAGAUAAAAUGUUUUAACAACUUAUUAAUCAUUCAGAAUUAGUCGACACUUAUUAAAAGUUAAAAUAAUUAAGACAAUAAUUGGACGAUAACGAUUUAAUGAGUGGAAAACAAUUAAAAAUUAUUUUGCAUAUCAUAUUUGAGACAGUAUUUGGUUGAAAAAUCUCAUUUUUGCUGGCCAAAAAUAUAUUAAUUUGUCUGGACUAAAUUACAGAUCUGUUUAUCUUAAAAGGGAUAUGAUACUAUCAACAUUCACACAGUGUUGCCAAACUGGAUUUUGUUAUUUUGAGUCUAAAUUUUCCCAGCGAUCUCCGAGGGUACAAUACAUAAGAAAGAUACAUAAUAUGACAAAUUAUAUGAUAUUCCACGUAUACAGUACGUAAAUCGUUCAGCUGGACAUAGGGAACAUACAAUAUAUAGAUUUAGAUACAUAAAUACAUACAUUGUAUUAUAUUGAGAUAACUGAGGCAACUGAGUUUUCUCGAUGACAAUAUGGUUGUUAGCAUUAAGGGGCAUUAACCUCAAAAUUUACAAAUCAUUUCGACUGACACAAAUAAACGUCAAAAUAUGAGAAUGUAGUAGGUAGCUAAAUAUUUUUGGCCUAAGAGAAUGGAAAAACUGUUUAGGUUUUAAAGUAAAAUAAAUUUUAUUAUUUUAAUUCAUACCUUAAACUUUAACUACACGCGCUGGCGUAUUUUUGUACGCCACAUAUAAGAAUUCUACUACAAAUGAAUUUAAAAAUUUAAUUUUUGUCUUUGUUUAUUUAUCUAACCUAUCACUGGAAUGUGCUUUACACUGGAUUUAGUUUCGUUAUAAUCGGCAUUCUAGGAAGAUCGUAAUUUACAAUUUAUUAUUUGUUGUUUCCGGUAGUGGAUAACAUACGCCACAAUUAUAGUAAUACAAUUAGUAAUAUAAGUACAUAUUUCAAAUGUUUUUUAGUCAUUAUGGCACAAAUAUAUUUUUCUUUAUAAACAAUACUUUUUCUCAGGUAAAAAAUAUCGUUUCAAAAAAAUAUUAUUAGCAAUUUUAUUUAUCAUGGAAUCAGAUUCCAGUUAUAUAUCCCAAUUUGCUUACUGAGAAGGAACUCCAAGUAUCCGCUGACGCCGAGUAAGGUUUAUAACAAACAAAUAAGUGUAAUUUUUCAAAAAAAAAACAAAUCCGCUGUUUUUAAGUAUAUUUUCUUGUGGCGUAUAAAGAACGCCACGCGUGUAGUUAUGUUAUAUUUUGAUGUGCGGGUAGUUAAAGGUUAAAAUUCUAAAUAUUAAUUAAUUAUCACAAUAACAAAAAAUAUUAUCAAUCAUUUAAUACAUGCAAUAGUGUACAUGAUAUUUUUCGUUAGUUCAUCUACUAAACAUAAAUAAACUGGAUGGUUUGCCCACGCGAAAGCAAGAUUUUUUAAAAAUUCGUAAAAUUAAAAAAUUCAUAUUUUAUCCAAUUUGAGUCCAAAAGCUAAUCUGUUGCAGUUUUCUUUUAUGAAAUUUCCCAUUGGUUCUUCUUCUGUGCUCAGAAUUUUGCCACGGCUUACGGUUCGCUAUUUCGGAAACGGACUGCGCUAGAGAAGAAAAAAUAGCAGCGUUUUGUUCGGAAUUCAGCAGGGAAUCUACCUGCCAAAUUUCAUGAAAAUCGGUCAAUUCGUUUCGGAGGAGUAUGGCAACAAACUAACAAAGUGUAACUAACAUAACUCGACUUUCUUUUAUAUAUAUAUAGAUGUAAAAUAUUUAAAUGGCUAUUAAAAAAUAACGGUUGAAGAUAAAAAAGUGAAAAUUUAGGAUUGUAUGUAUCUUUUGCUUCUACAUCAUACAAAAUUAAGAAAAAACGGUUUGUCAAAAAAUUAAAAAAAUAUAUCAGGGGGGGCAAGCCCCUUUAUGACGUACGGGCAUGAAUUCAGAGUUAUGCCUAUUCCCAGUCCGGUAGAAUACACUUGUAAAAUUUCAUAACAAUCUGAUGAGCCGUUCUCGAGUUAUUAUCAGUGUAACUAACAUAACUCGACUUUCUUUUAUAUAUAUAGAUUAUUUAAAUAUAGUCUCUUAUAUUUCGCCAAUCUUUUGAAAACUAUUCUGCAGUAACUAUUUCUUGGGAGAUUUUUUGUCCGGAAUUUUUCCUGGGGAUAUUUUGUAGAAAAAAAUAAUAAAAUUUGUGGGGAUAAUUUGACCGGAAUUUUUUUUGGGGAUUUUUUGUUCGGGGAUUUUUUGUCCAAUAAUAUAGUGUGGAGAUUUUUUAUCCUGGUUUAUUUGUCCAGGGAUUAAUUGUCGUAGGUUCAUUUUGUCGUGUGCACGAUCUUCCCGAAAUUGAUAUACGAAAGACUUUUAACAGCCGUUGUCCAUUUGUUAAUCUUAUGAGGGCUUCUAUAAUUAGAACUUAGAAAUUAAGAUCAAGUGUCUUAUGAUUCGAAACACCAAUAACAAACACCGAAUUUUAUAAAUAAAAAAAAACGGGGAAAAUUGUAACCAGUGAGUUAAAUUAAUCAGUGCAAUGAUCGUUUUUUUGCUAAUUAUUUAUGUAAAUUUUUUCACUACUUUUUUGUUCCUUAGCUUUUAAAUAAUCUUCCUGAACUGUAUUUUUUGUAAAUAUGUCUCUAUAAAUAGGAAUUGUUGUAAAUGUUAACUCAUUGCAUUCAUCUUUUCUAUGUGCUCACCAUCACAGUUGUACAGGGACGUAAUUACAUGAGUUACCCUUUCCAACAAUUUAUUAUAUCGGAGUAUGCACGAUUACAAAAAUAUUGUUGUAAUAAACUAUAAUACGAGUUUUUUUCAAAUGCUUUUAUUUCCAACCAAUCUAUAAUACAUAGAUCAAUUCGUGGAAAUAUACCUAUCUUUUUUCACAAGUCAACAUAUUGUUAUACUCGCUUGUGGGACUAUAUUUUAUAGAACUUUGAGUAUCGACCUAAAGAUGCGCAGUAGGGUGCAUCGAAAAAGGCGAAAAAUUUUUUUUUGCGAUGGAAAAGUAAUACCUCACAAAAGUUGCCCAAUCAACUGUUAAGUAUUUUGGUAAAAUUUUUUCGAAAUUGGUAAAUAUCUUCUGCCCACCCCCAAGACAAUUAAAAAUUUUGAAAAAAUGUUAAAAGACGAAAAAAAUUUUUAUUUCGAAACGAAAAUGGUAUAGCUCACAAAAGUUGCCUAACACACUAUUUAGUAGUUUAGUAAAAUUGCGAAGAAAAAAAUAUAUUUUCUGCCCCCCACGGCAACUAAUAAUUAGAAAAAAUACAUUAAUAUGCGAAUUUUUUUUGUAAGGGAAAUGUUAUACCUUAUAUAACUUGAAUAAAUAAAUUUGGUUUAAAUUGGAAAAUAUUUUCUGGUUUCACAAGGCAAUUAAAAAGUUUACUUGAGAAAAGUAUACUAAAUAUUCUUUUUAUAACAAAAUAGCCGUCUCUUAUCCGUCUCCCUGAAGUCACCCAAGUUUUCUAAUACUAAAAUAAGUAUAAAGCAAAGUACAAAAUUAGGUAUAUAAAUAUUACAAAAAAAUAUGGUAAAAGCAAUCUAUUCGAAGAUGCCUUCCGAUUUAGCAUUAAAGUGAUACAUAGUUUUUCUGGAAUCAAUUUGAGUUUUUAUAAAUCCAUCCCUUGAAUACGCUCUACAAACUGCUAGAAACGCUUGUGUCACAAGCUUGACACAUCGUUCUACACAUUGUUUGUGGCAGUGAUAUUUUUUCUCAAUCUCAAUGUUAAAAGGGUCUAAGUUAGGAUUCUUAAUAAAAUCUCGCAGGUUGUCACUCGAAAAUCUAGAGAAUAUAGGUGGUUCUGUAAGGUGUUAUUCUUGUUAGUUAAUUAACUCAAAGUAGUCGUUUGAAUCAAAAUUUUUAUAGGAGAAAGUUUGAAGACCCUCAUGUUUUUUGAUUUGGUCAUUGGCAAACUUCUUUUGAUGUCCAAGGGGUAGAUCAUUUGAAUGUCGCAGACAUAUAAACCACUGAAGCGGUUUUUUAAGAUGUUCUUCUAACAGCCGUAUUACAUCACCCUUAGCUCCAGUAUUUACGACUGUUUCGUCACAUGCAAUAGCUGGAUUUGAUACUUUCUGAUAUAUCAGAAAGCGGAUACCCAUAUCCGAAAUAUUUGGACCCUGGCCCAUGCACAAGUGUUAUGUGUUCUUCCACGAUCGAUUGACCAUAAAACUUGGUACUGUUUUUUACUUGAGCUAAAGGUUUGUCUUUGCGUCGGUAACUUUCUUCUUUUACCGUUGUUCUCUCUGAUUAUAUUUGUUUUUGUUUUUUCUAUCAAUCGAGCUUAUCACCAUUUUUCUGGGACCUCUUUGAUUUAAUAGAAAUUCGCACUCAUCCAUAGGCACUUUUUAAAAUUUGCUACAAAGACAAUUAAUCAGAGUGUCACAAUUGCAUGCUGCAAGAUCGAAACGUGUAGUUUUAGUUUUGUUCUUACAGCGUUGAAUUUUAUUUUUGUAAAAUUCACUGUUUUGUCUGUUCUUAAAUGAUUUCAUAAGUUUCAUAUAUUUGUCAUGAUAGGCUUUUAAAAGCUGAAUAAUUCUUGUAUGUUAAAUUAUUGGAAUUAAAGCCUUUUUCCAUAUUUCCUCCAAUUUAAUUGCAACCUGUUCGUCUAUACCAAAAAAUUCUUUUCUUGCUGAGUUUUUUACCCUCUUGCAACCAAAAAACUUCAUCGCUUGUUUGUAUUUCGGUAAAACAUUUUCAGGUAUAUUUGGAGGUUGCCCAAAAAUGGGGCGGUCCACAGUACAUCUUGAUUUUAUUCCCCAUGGUCCUGGCUUAUCUAUUUUAAAAAUCUUUAAUUUACAAACAACAAGAAUAACAAAGUGUUUUGCGCGUUUUGCAAACAAAUGCGCACCAAACAUAAGUGAAAAUUACACGCACGGAUUCACGAAGCGGGACAUUUCAAAGGGGUUGGGGAGGCUAAAAUAACAAAUAAAACUUUAAAUAUUGUUUAAAUUUGUAAUUGAAAACAUUUUAAGUUUUCUUUAAUUGAUCUUAGGUCGAGUUAGCACAUAUUUUAUUCCAAAUAAUAUAAAUUGAAAUUUCCAUAAAAAUCAGAUAUAUAAUAAAAUUCAAGGUCGUUGGGGGGGGGGGGGGCAGAAGAUUCGCUUAGAAUAAAAAAUUAAAAAUACUAAUAUGCUGAAAAAUAACACUAGCAACUUUUUUACGCUAUUAGAUAUAACAUUUCCAACUUAUAUUUUUUCGAUGCACCCUAAUGCGCAGGCUUAGAUGUUACAAAUUUACGUAGACAGAGUCACGAAUGAAGAAGUCUUGAGAAGACUUUUAAAAGAAACAGACCUGCAUAAUGAAAUAAAGUUACGAAAAUUAGAAUACCUUGGUCACGUGAUGGCAGGGACGAGAUUUCAGUCGGAAAGCGUAGUGUUGGAAGCCGAAAGAGGAACAACGAAUGCAUCUGGUGGAAAUUAGAAUGCUUAGAUGGAUAACUGGAGUGACAGGAAAGUAUAAAAUUAAGAGUGAGUAUAGUGAGUGAGAGUGUUGGAAGCCGAAAGAGGAACAACGAAUGCAUCUGGUGGAAAUUAGAAUGCUUAGAUGGAUAACUGGAGUGACAGGAAAGUAUAAAAUUAAGAGUGAGUAUAUUAAGUGUAAGGUGGUAUCAAUUGAUGAUAAAAUGAGAAAGCUUGGGUUAAGCUGAUUUCAUCAUGUUUAAUGUCGAGAAGUUUAUCAUUCAAUAUGAAGAAUUGCUGGUCGGCGGGUUUCUGGGAGGAGUAGGAGAGGAAGACCAAAGUAAACCUGGAGGAGAGGCUUAGGCGGGACAUCUCGAUAAAGCAGACCCUGCAUAGUGAUAAAAGCAAAGAGAAUGAUGAUCGCUGACACUUUGACACAAACAUUACUAUCUUGUACCAUCCUAAUUAUGAUGAAAACUGUUUUAAGCAUAUACCUUUGACAUUGUCUAUGAUUACAAAAUAAUGAAGUGAUGAAGAUUAUCAAAUCAACAUAAAUUAUAUUGAUCGGAAACAUUUUCAAUGGCAAGUGUCAUGUUAGAUAGAAUCAUCUCGUUUUAAAACCUGAUUAGAAGCAACAAACCGUCACAAACUCGCUUAAGUUCAGUACAUGACUCCAGACAAAUUGAUACUAUAGUUCUUGGCUUGAAAUGUAAAAGAUCGAGAUAGCAACGCCCAAAAACACCAAAACGUCUGUUAAAAGAAUUAUUAACAGAUAUGGCUAUGAAGAUAACUAUUAUUGCUGUUGAUCUAAAACAUACCAAAAAAUAUAAUCAGAUAAUUUGAAGAUAAUGUAAAAUCAAACACUCUUUUGUUUACUUUCUUUAGCUAAUAGAAUACGUAUUUCGCUGAAACAUCAAGUUCUUGAAAAUAAUAAAAAUUUCAAUCUAAUUAUUUGUACACCAAACUCAAAAUGUAUAAAAUAAUUUUUAGUACUUGCUGUUAAAUGCUUGCUAGAGGAUGCAAAGUCGAAGUUUUGAAUGUUCGAAUGUCGAAGUUUGGAAUAUUUUUUGUUUAUUUUUGUGAAACUUCUAUCUGUCUUACCCAUGUAUAUUAUUAUGACACGUCCAGACAUGUACAACAAGUGAUCUAAUAUUCUUCUAAACUUCUGCCUCUUUAAUUUAGCUAAUUUAUCAGUUGGGGAUAAAUAUGUUAACGGACCAUGAUAUAAAGAGUUUAUCAAUAUCAUGCUAAACAGCCCCACGAAAGCUUCUAUGUAUCAUAUCUAUCUUGAAAACUUCUUACUAUAAACUUUAUGCGUUUGAGGCGUGCACCGGAACUAUGGUUUAUGUUACAUAUUGGCAACAUGUAGCAUACAUCGUUGUUCCGGUGCACGCCUCAUUUAUAGAACACAUAUUUUUGCAUGUUUUGUACACUCUGGUAUAUUUUUACAAAAUUUUUAAACUUUUUUUCCAAACUAGUUUUCUUUAUGAUUACAAGACAUUACAAUGCAAGGUAAAUUGAGUUUUUACAAGAACUUUACAUUAUAAGGUGCGUUUACAAAAGAAACUGAUAAUCUUAGAAAAUGUUUCGCCGAAAUAGACAAAGAGGCAUUGUUCCUUGACUGGGUAGCUAUCAAAAUGAUGAUGUUCUUUAGUUUCUUUGUAAACGCACAUAUAAUUAGAAAAUAUGUGACAAAUAUGUUAACGUACUCAGUCUGAAAUUGCUAAAGGGUUAUAUGCUUGUUUUUAGUUUUAUGUAAAAGAUAAAAAGUAUAUCUACAUGCAUAUAUCUACAUACAUGCAGAUAUUUCACAAUUAUCUUGACAAUUUUGCGAUAAAAGGGGUAUGAAGACCCUUUCAACUGUUCUAAGCCAUACUGUUCGGUUUUAUGAUCUGUUUUCUAUAACCGGAAUUAUAUUAGAAGAGAGUAAUAAUAUUCUCUAUUCAUUGUCCCAGGUACGUUUGAUACCUGUGAUAUGUCGAAACCCCUGUUUUUGAUAUAUGUUUUAUACUCGUUUAUCCUGACGCUUAAUGAUCUAGCAGUUUCUCCCACGUAGAAACUGUUGCAUUCACAGGGUAUUUUGUAGAUGCAGUUCUUGUUCUUUGAACUCUCUUGUGUGUUGUUGGGUUUGGUUUUGGACAGGAUAGAUCAGAGUGUAUUGGUUGUUUUAACAACCUUUUUUUUCUUUUUUCUAUUUGAUCGUGUUUACUAUUUUUUCAUCUCUUUUAAGAUCUGUCCAUUGUUAUUACUCCUGACACAGUGGGAUUUUUGUCUAGGUGUUGUUUUGUUAAUUUUCCGUGGGCAGAAAAUAUAAUGAGAAUAUAUUUGUUUGUAAAUAUAUCUACGUUUUUUUUCUUUGUUUCAAAGUUUUUGCUCUGUUUAAAUAAAACUAUUUUGAUAUUUAAUUGAACUAUUUUUUGUAGUUUUAUGCUAACUCAUGAAAAUUAUGGAAAUUUAUUCCGCAGAAAAUGCGUCAACACGCAACUAAAGCUCGUCUUUAAUUAUCAUAAAACCCUUUUCCACAAAUACAAUUUUUAAAUUAUUUAGGCUUCUCUCCGUUAGAUGGCGACAGUUUCCUACUGUACAUACUAUCUUAACAUUCGUUCACCAGUUUCUACACAACAAAAUGACGUGCACUCUGGUUUCCCUUCAGAGCGAAUAAAUCUUUCGCCUUUUACUAAAGAUUUCCGUGGAGGGGAACAACUCAAAUGAGUCUAUAACCAAUUUUUUGUGCCCAACGAUUGUUGGGUUUUUUAAAUAAUGAAAACAAAAUAAUUCUCUAGUGUUUGUAUUAUUGACAGUGCUUGAGUGAGACCCAUAUCUUCUUAAUUCUUAUCCUUUUUGAUUGAUAUAUUUUGCUAUAACUUCUUUAUUUUAUUAAAACCAAAGAAUACUCCACAAGUUGGAUGGAGUAUUCUUUCAUUCUUUGUUAAAACUUUGUUAAUUCCUCAUUCCUCCUACCUCCUAGAUUCGAAUUUAUUAAGUAGCUUCUUGGUGUGCUUUGUAUCUUGUAUGUUAGUCCAGUUGGGUUAGACGAAUAACAGGCCUAACCUUGCAUUAGGAGCUGCCCCAAAUUUUAUUUUUUUAAUCUUUAGGGGGUAGUGUAAAUAGUAGUGUAAAUUUAAAAUCUCGACUGAAUUCCGCCAUUGCGUUAGCCGCCAUCUUCAUUUUAAACGAGAACUGUUUUUGCUCACUAUCUCCGCUAUUUUCAACUUUUUGACAAAAAGUAUAACAACCAAAAUUGUUGAAAAUGUAAUUUUCAUCAUUUCUAUUUUUACAAUUUUUUCGUGCCAUCGAUAUUUUCUGAGUUAUAGCGGAAAAUAUUGACAGUUAUAUAUAAAUACAGCAUAAUUAUUAAAUUAUCUCGUUUAUUGUUAGUUUUACGACAAAAAUGUUCCUAUACAAAAAUAGAGAGAAUUGAAUUCUACACAAUUUUAGUUUCUUUCAUUUUUUUACUAAAGUUAAUAUUUAAGGUAAUAUGUAUGCGAUAAUGGCUCGAGUGUAAGACCUGAUUGAUUUUGUAGAAAUUGUUUUUGUUCAAUAUCUACGCCAUUUUCAACUUAAAUUGUUCCAAAUAUGAUUUCCUACAAUUUCUAUUUAACAAUUUUUUUCAUGCGGUUGAUAUUUUCCGUGUUAAGUGGGAAAAUAGUAAAAAGUGGUGGGGGAGCAUAAUUACUGAAUUGAAUCUUUUUCCGAGCUGCCCCAAAUUUUAUAGUUCUAUCCUUUAGGGGAGAUCAAUAGUAGUGUAAACUUAAAAUCUCGACUGAAUUCCGCGGUUGCAUUAGCCGCCAUAUUGAUUUUAAAGGAGAACCGUUGUUGCUUAAUAUCUCCGCCAUUUUCAACUUUUCGACAAAAACGGUAGGAACUAAAAUUGUUGGAAACGCAAUUUCCUACAAUUUCUUUUCCACAAUUUUUUUAUGCGAUCAAUAUUCUCCGAGUUAAGGAGGAAAAUAGUGGAAGCGAAGGGGAAGCAUAAUUAUUGAAUUGUCUCAUUUAUUUUAACUUUAUUUAUUUAUUUAUUUAUUUAUUAACUUUACGACAUAAUUGUACAUAAACAAAAAUAAAGAGAAUUAUAUUUUAUACAAUUUUUGAAACUUCCAAUGAAACACCAACCAAACUAAGUACAUAAAAGACAUAAAUAAUAACUUAUAUGCAUUAAGUUCAUUUAAUUUUAUUAACUAGCGGGUUUUAUUGGUUGAAUUUGUCUGUCGAUAAAUAAGUUUUAUGUCAGCUAACAUAUUUUAAUAUUUCAAGAAUUUUUUUUUUUAAUUUUGGACCCCGUUGGGUGGAUUUUCCCAUUCCCCCCUAUUAGACCCGCCACUGGUUCUCUCGAAAAAUUGUAUUAAAUCGUAAUUGCAACAAUUUCAGUCCUAACACUUUUUGUCGAAAAGUUGAAAAUGGGGAAGAUAUUUAACAAAAACAAUUACUUUAAAAUCAAUCGGGUCUUACGCUCGCGCCUUUACCGCAUACGUACUACCUUAAAUAUUGAUUUUAUCAAAAAAAUGAAAGAGAUCAAAAUUGUACAAAAUUUAAUUCUCUUUAUUUUUGCAUAGGUUAAAAUUUGUUUUAAAAGUAAUAAUUAACUAGGUAAUUCAAUAAAUCAAUAAUGAUGCUUUAAUUGUCACUGUUUUUUCCCAUAACUCAAAAAAUAUGGACCGCACGAAAAAAAUUUUAAUAAACAAAAUUAUAGAAAAUCGCAUUUUCAACAAUUUCAGUUUGUAUAUUUUUUGUCAAAAAGUUGAAAAUGGCGGAGAUAUUGACCCAAAACGGUUCUCGUUUAAAAUCAAAAUGGCGGCUAACGCAACGGUCAAAUUCAGUCGAGAUUUUAAAUUUAUACUACUAUUGACCCCUUCUAAAGAUUAGAAAAAUAAAAUUUGGGGCAGCUCCUAAUGCAAGGUCAAAUGGUAUCCCGACUGGACUGUUAGUAUGUUAUCCUCCAAGGAGUGUCACAAACCAGCUAACAUACUCUUAGGAAAAACAUUGCAGAAUCUUUGAUACUGCAAAUGAAAAUACUGUUUGAAAAUUCUGCAAAUUCCUACUUGUCGCGUAUUUUGAAUAUUACCUAGAAGCAAGCAUAUAGUCGUAAGGUAAUUUUGAGACAAACUUUGUUAAACCAAACUACUUCGUUUAUUGUUUCGCUACUUUUUUUUGUCAUUUUAUGUAUUUAAGAAGUAUUAUUAUUAUUAAUUGUAAGUUUAAUAUUCUUAGGAAGCAACACCAAAUCAACAUUAUAAAUAUAGGUAUAGUUGAAGUAAUAUAUGAGACAUUUUAAUGAUUUGCAUUCCCAUGUGUUUUAAUAUCUUUGUUGUGUUAUUAUUAAUUCAUCUGAAUUUUAUGUUAAAUAUCUGUGACCUGGUAGAUGCCUUAGAAAUUGAUAUAUUAGUAUUUCAUUAUACAGACUUUUAUAAAAUUAAAAAGAACAUAUAAGA